AUGAGACUGAAGCAUUUUAAGAAUCUUAUGCAACCUGAGGAAGGUGCUUCGAAGAUUUGUGCCCUAGCUUGGUCUAAUAAUAAUCAGAAGUUUGCUGUAUGUACAUCUGAUAGAGUUAUAGUUUUAUAUGAUGAACAUGGUGAAAAAAAAGAUAAGUUCUCUCUCAAACCUGCUGACCCAAAGUAUGGUAAAAAGAGUUACACUAUUAAAGGCAUCGCAUUUUCACAUGAUUCAACUAAACUAGCUAUAGGACAAACUGAUAAUAUAAUAUAUGUUUAUAAAAUAGGUGAAGAAUGGUGA